AUCACAUGCUUUGUUUGUCAGAUCAAAAAUCGUGAUAUAAGAGAUUUCUUUUUUCUAAGCUUGUUUAUUUUAUUUCAUUUUUCGGAAAUAAAUAUUGCAGAGGAGGCAUAAAUAUAAUAGCAACUACAUACGUGAAAACAAAAUGAAUCUUAACUACAAAUUGUUGAUACUUUGCGUUAUAAUUUCAGCUGUCUGUCUGAAAGUUGAUUGUUUAUACCCGAGAGAAUCAAUUACUCGUGAAUUAAAAGAAUUAAAUGGCAUUUGGGACUUCAAAAUUUGUGAUCAGGCUGACCAAUACAUUGGUUUUCGUGAUGAGUGGUAUAAACAUCCCUUGAUGAAAAUGGGUGACACAAUACCAAUGCCAGUGCCAUCGAGCUUCAAUGACAUAACUCAAAAUAAAACUAUUCGUGAUUACCUUGGUUGGUCUUGGUAUGAAAAAGUCUUUUAUGUUCCUCAGAGAUGGCAAAAAAAUUUUAGAGUUAUUCUUAGAUUUGAAAGUGCACAUUAUUUUACUAAUGUUUAUCUCAAUGGAAACUUUCUCAUGAAUCACACUGGAGGACAUUUGCCUUUUGAAGCUGAUGCUACCAGUCACCUUAAUUACUUUGGACCUAAUCGAGUCACUGUUGCUCUGAAUAAUACCCUUUCUGAUAAAACCAUACCUCAGGGAAGUAAAACAUUCAAACAUGCAAAAGAUGGGCCAUACCCUCCUGGGUAUUUUGUACAAGGUACCAACUUUGAUUUUUUCAAUUAUGCUGGAAUACAUCGAUCUGUGUUUUUAUAUGCAAUACCUCAAGUACACAUUGAUGACAUCAUUGUUACUACUGAUAUUUUAAAUGGAACAGGAUUUGUGAACUACUCUGUAUCUGUUGCAAAUAAUUUAAAUUUGAAAGGGAAACCUCAAUGUGUAGUUAGCAUUUUGGACAAAUACGAUAGAAACAUAUCACUAUCAAACAGAUGUUCAGAUGUUAUUAGCAUUGAAAAUGCCAAUAUUUGGUGGCCCUAUGGAAUGCACAGUGAUCCAGGGUACCUGCAUAAGUUACAAGUGGAAGUAAAUUUUGACAGUAUUAGAGAUGUUUAUCAGCAGCCUUUUGGAAUAAGAACUGUAAAAGUUACCCAGAAUGAAUUCCUUAUUAAUGGAAAACCUUUCUAUUUUAUGGGUUUUGGAAAGCAUGAGGAUUCAAAUAUUAGAGGGAAAGGAUUAGAUUUUCCACUCAUCAUAAAAGACUUUAAUUUAAUUAAGUGGAUUGGUGCCAAUUCAUUUCGUACGUCUCAUUACCCUUAUGCUGAAGAAAUAAUGGAUCAAGCAGAUGCUCAAGGAAUAGUUGUUAUAGAUGAAUGCCCAGCUGUUGGAUUAAAGAAUUUUAAUUCAGAAUUGCUGCAACAACACAAAGAAGUAAUAAAAGAACUUAUAAGGAGAGACAAAAAUCACCCAUCUGUGGUUGCAUGGUCAAUUGCUAAUGAACCACAAUCAUCAAAGUCCCAGGCAGAUAAGUAUUUUGGAAAGUUAGUUGAUCUUGUGAAGACUUUGGACCAGACUCGUCCUGUAACUGCUGCAAUAAAUGCAGAUUACAACUCAGACAAAGUGGGGAAACACUUGGAUUUUGUCAUGUUAAAUCAUUACUACUCGUGGUACAGUGAUGUUGGCGCUAUUGAUGUGAUAUUUCCCUUGCUUGUAAAUUAUAUGACCAAAGCUCAUGACGUAUACAAAAAGCCAAUCAUGAUGUCUGAAUAUGGAGCUGAUACGAUAGCAGGUCUACACAUGGACCCUCCUUUUAUCUUCACUGAAGACUAUCAAACUGAAGUUAUGAUGAAUCAUCACAAAGCUUUUGAUAUUUUGAGGAAAAAAGGUUUCUUUGUAGGUGAACAUAUAUGGAAUUUUGCCGAUUUUCUUACAUUGCAACAAAUUACCCGAGUUGUUGGAAACAAAAAGGGUAUUUUCACAAGAGAAAGGCAACCUAAAGCAGCGGCUAAACUUCUUAGAUGUCGCUAUCAUAAAUUGUUAAAUCGUGCAAUCGAAGGAAGUAUUGCAUAUUGUCCUGUAGUGGGGGAUGUUAAUGAAGCCACAUGCUCUGCACCACUUACUUGAGACUACAACAUUUCUUCUAGUCAUGCAUGUUCCUAAUUGUCUUUGAUAUUUAAAGACUUUCUGAUUUUUUUUUCAUACCAAAGAGUAAUUUUAUUAUUUUUAUAUGUGCUUAUUUUUUGUACAAAAUCAAAGUAAUGUUUUUGCAUUUAAAUGAAUAAAAGCGUACAA